ACUAACCAUCAAAUUACCACCCAACUCCCCUUCGGCCCCUAUUGUCCUUGUUGAGUAACUCUCAGCUCCGAGCAUCACAAUUUCUAGGGUUUUUGCGAUCCUUCACCAUGUUUCUCACUAGAACUGAGUACGACCGAGGAGUCAACACAUUCUCACCUGAAGGCAGGCUGUUUCAAGUGGAAUACGCGAUCGAAGCAAUCAAGUUGGGUUCAACUGCAAUUGGAUUGAAGACGAAGGAGGGGGUUGUUCUUGCGGUGGAGAAGAGAGUCACCUCUCCUUUGCUGGAACCGAGCAGUGUAGAGAAAAUAAUGGAAAUUGAUGAGCACAUAGGCUGUGCUAUGAGCGGAUUGAUUGCUGAUGCGCGGACUCUGGUUGAGCAUUCUCGCGUUGAAACUCAGAAUCACAGGUUUUCAUAUGGCGAACCUAUGACGGUUGAGUCAACCACACAGGCUAUAUGUGAUCUUGCUCUUCGAUUUGGUGAAGGAGAUGAAGAAUCUAUGUCUCGACCUUUUGGGGUAUCACUUUUGAUAGCUGGGCAUGAUGAGAAUGGACCGAGCCUGUAUUACACAGACCCAUCAGGUACUUUCUGGCAAUGUAAUGCGAAAGCAAUAGGCUCAGGUUCCGAAGGUGCUGAUAGCUCUCUCCAGGAGCAAUACAACAAGGAGUUAACCCUUCAAGAAGCUGAAACGAUAGCUCUUUCCAUCUUGAAGCAAGUGAUGGAGGAAAAGGUGACGCCGAACAAUGUUGACAUUGCAAAAGUUGCUCCGAAUUAUCAUCUCUAUUCUCCUGCUGAGGUCGAAGCUGUCAUUGGUCGCCUCUAAGCGACUGCCAGCAUCACUCUGGUUUUCUCUUCAAUAUUUUCACUUGAAAACUUCUCUGCUUCCAACAUUUUCUUUCGCGAACUUUCAUUUUCUUAAUUUGCCUUCUGGCGGUUGCGGAAUUCAGGGAAAUGAGCAGACUCUUGUACUUCUUGCCCACUGACUUUUAAGAAAUUAUCUGUUCAUGAACUUUGUGGCAAUUCAUCAAGUGUCGGUACUGGGUUUU